UACAUCUCUUCUGCAGCGUUCCAUCCUCUGGAAUGAUAUCCAGUUCUGGCAAUACAAAAUCUGAACAAAUUUUUGAAGCAAUACAAAAUCUAAAUGAGAAUGAUAAACCGUGAAGAGUUGUUUACACCAGCAAUGGUAGGCAAAAUCUGAACAAAUUUUGAAGCAAUACAAAUGUUUACACCAGCAAUGGUAGGCAAAAUCUGAACAAAUUUUGAAGCAAUACGAAACCUAAAUGAGAGUGAAUAAACUGUGAAGAGUUGUUUACACCAGCGAUGGUAGGCAAGUAUAUCGCGAACAUUGUGAGAACAUCCCAUCUCUUAAACAGAUCGCUAAGCUUCACAUUCACACUCGUUCGCCCUAAAAACUGCUUCCCCAAACAAAACAACCUGAUAUUGGAAAGAAACCUCCACGUUUUAAGCACACAGUACACAGUUCUCUGCAGAUUGUCUCAGCAAAAACAUAAAUUAUUUCCAAGGAAUAUCUGUUCUGAUAUCCAGAACGUUACCGCAGAUGGGGGGAAAAAGAAGAAAAGAAGCAAAGAUAGGGAGCAAGGUCAGCUCAAGUACGAGUUGGACAUGUGUUCGAAACGUGGGGACCUCAUGGAAGCUUUAAAUAUCUAUGAUAGCACAAAGAAACGAGGCAUUGAUCUAAAACAACACCACUACAAUGUUCUUCUUUAUCUCUGUUCUUCGGCGGCCAUGGGCAUGCUGAGGCCCUCCGAUGCGGCCAAAUUGGACAAGGGCUUGGAGGAAGUCGCUGAAAUUAGUGAUGAGGUUAGGCACUUAGCGCUGAGAAGAGGAUUUGAGAUAUACGAGCAGAUGAGCUUGGAUAAAAUAGCGCCAAAUGAGACCACGUUUACAGCCGCCGCCAGAUUAGCCAUGGCUAAAAAUGACGGGAAUUUGGCAUUUGAGCUGGUGAAGAGAAUGGCGGAGAACAAUAUUCCGCCGAGGCUGAGGUCAUAUGGGCCUGCACUGAGCGCCUUUUGCAAGGAGAACAAGGCGGACAUGGCAUACGAAGUGGAUGAUCAUAUGACUGCGUCGGGUGUCCAGGCUGAGGAGCCGGAAUUGGGGAUGUUGAUGAAGGUCAGUGUGCAGUCUUUUAGGGAAGAGAAGGUUUAUUCUUUGCUGCACCGGUUGAGGAGUAGUGUGAGGCAAGUGUCAAGGGAUACUGCUUAUGUUAUUGAGAAGUGGUUUAAGAAUGGGGAGGCUGGGAAACUUGGAGUGCCUACUUGGGACCGGGCGAAGAUCAGGGAUGCCCUCAUUGCAGGCGGUGGUGGGUGGCAUGGGCAGGGCUGGUUGGGGCAGGGCAAUUGGACUGUGGAGCAUGCUGCCAUUGAUCACAAGGGUGUUUGCAGGGUUUGUGGGGAGAAGCUGGUUACUAUUGAUAUUGAUCCACUCGAAACUGAGAAUUUUGCUAAGUCUGUCGGCUCAUUGGCUUGUGAGAGGGAGUCUAAAUCCUUUGAAAGUUUUCAGGAAUGGCUGGAAAAGCAUGGACCAUUUGAUGCUAUAGUUGAUGGUGCGAAUGUGGGUCUUUAUAAGGAUGCUACCUUCAAUUAUUCUCGGUUAAACAAUAUUGCCAUUGGCAUACAACAAAGGAGCCCAUCAAAGAAAUUUCCACUUAUUAUCAUUCACAAUAGACGUUCAAAAGGAGGGCUUGCUGAUAAUCCUAGAAAUAAGCAAGUAAUUGAGAAAUGGAGAAAAUCUGGUGCACUAUACACAACUCCUACUGGAUCAAAUGAUGAUUGGUAUUGGCUGUAUGCAGCUGUAAGAUUCAAGAGCCUUAUUGUGACAAAUGAUGAAAUGAGAGAUCACUUAUUUGAAUUGCUAGGGAGUAGCUUUUUCCCAAUAUGGAAGGAAAGACAUCAGGUCAAGUUUUCUGGAACCAGUCGUAAUCCGCAGUUUCACAUGCCACCCCCUUUUUCAAUUGUAAUUCAGGAAUCUGAGACUGGCUCCUGGCACAUACCCAUAAUGGGUGGCGAUGACAUUGAGACUCCUAGGGACUGGCUCUGUAUUACCAGGUGCAAGAGUAAUGUAUCACAGGAAAGGGUAUCAGAGAGUAACACGCAACUAACAGACUUCAAGCAUAUCGGUGCCCAAGAAGCCAACAGAGAUAUAUGUGGAGUUGAAGAGACGAAAAUUUUAAGGUCUGCAAAUGGAAACGACACAGCUCUGAAUUCGUUUAAUAAAAGCUUCAAGAGUAAGACCAGAAAAAAAGAUACUAAGGAGCAACGCAGUUCUCCUUUAAGUCCCCGUAAAUCUUUACACCCAAGGAAGAUACGUAAAGAGCAGAACUUGCUGCAUUGAUUAUUUUAUGGCUACUUGAUUUGCAAGGCUGAUGAUUUUGUUAUUCCAGAUAUGCAUUCGGCAUUGUUAUCUGCCUGUUAUACGGGGGUGAAGAUUCUUUGCAGUUAAAAGCAGACAGGUUAUCCAAUAAUUUAUGAAGAAAAGCUUUCAAUCUCUGUCUGUCUUUGUUGGCGAGGAAAUUUAGGGUAAAGAUUCUCCAUUACCAACUUACGAAGAAAAGCAAGAUUUCAGGCAGAUUACAGUCUUGAAUGUUUUUUAUCCAUUUUUUUGAUAAAAGCAUUCCAUCUUUUCUGUACGAUUAAUUUCUUUUUUCACCCAUAUGAAUUUACUUCAUUCAAUUUCAAUUCAUUUUAACAGGUAUGUGUUUAGUGAAUAGUGCAAGCGAAUGCUAGUUUGUUAUAUUCAUUUUUCAGAAUUAAUAACCCCAUCUCUUUGUGGGACAUAAAAUAAUACCGAGAGAUCGCAUAAUUGUCUUGCAUGUUCAUUAGUUGUCAAGAAAGACAUGAAGCUAAAUAAUUCUGCACUCUUUCACUCUCAUUAAAGAUGUAACAGUUUCAUAUCACAUAAUUGUCUUGCAUGUUUA